UUUAAACUUCUGGUUUAGGAAACGAACUGUAGAGAGAGAAGAGCUGCAAUGGAUUUCUCUGCGCUAAACGAUGCUAUGGCAUCGAAGCAAUACGAGAAGAUCGGCGAUAUCUGCGACAAUCUUCUACUUCAGGUUGCAACGGAGGGAAUUGCUUACCAAGAUGAAUGGCCGUAUGCGAUUCAUCUGUUAGGUCAUCUUUACAUCAGUGAUACUAAUAGUGCUCGUUUCCUGUGGAAAUCUAUACCGUCUUCGGUGAAGGAGAACCGUCCUGAAUUGGCCGCCGCUUGGAAAAUCGGACAGCGUUUGUGGACGCGAGAUUAUGCGGGAGUUCACGAAGCUAUUCGCGGAUUCGAUUGGAGUCCUGAGGCUCGUGAAUUCGUGUCUUCUCUCAUAGAUUUGUACACGAAAAAGAUGUUCGAGUUGUUGCAGUCUGCUUAUUCAACUAUCAGCAUCCAAGACACCUCUAUGUUCCUUGGAAUGAGUGAAGAUGAUGCUACAAACUAUGUGGUGGAACGAGGUUCUUGGGAUGUAGACAGAGUUACGGGAAUGCUUACAGUAAAGAAGAAAGCCAUCGCAACGGAGCAAAAACUUGAUUCGAGCAAGUUGCAGCGAUUAACCGAAUAUGUUUUUCAUCUUGAGCAUUAAUUCUCGGAUCUCAUUGCAUUGAAGAAAGAAUAUUUGAAAUCCUUUUUAGUAAGUAACUAUGACGGUUUCUUUCUUCCUCCUAUUACUACAUUCGUUGUUGCUGCUUAAGUAUGAACCCCCAUACUGGUUUGUUUUGAGUGAUGAUUGAUCCUGAUUAGGGUUUCAAUGUUUUUCUUCUUCUCAUUAUAUAAUAUGUUCUUAA